CACUCACACAGAGGUGACAGCCACACACACACACUCACUCACACACACUCACUCACACACACUCACACACAGAGGUGACAGCCGCACACACACACUCACACACUCACACGCAGAGGUGACAACCACACACACAUACUCACACACACACACUCACACACAAAGGUGACAGCCACACACACACACGCGGUGCCACUGAACGCGUGCAUCGAAUCAUCAUCGGUCACUCCACGGACCUGUGACUUGGGCUAACAAAUAAUUCCUGUUCUACGUUCGUCAAGAAAUGGCCCUGAUAUCUACACUUGGAAGAACAACAACAAUGUUCAUGAUAAAAAUAGCAUUAUUUGGAAUGAUGCUCGCUGGCAGUGCGGGGGUUGGGAACGGCUUGGAGUCCGAAGCGCAGCGCCAAGAGCUGAUGGUCGUCACCCCAGAGAAAAUGAACGCUGUAGCAGGCAGCACGAUUCUCCUACCCUGCUCCUACACCUGUACAAUCAGCGGCGUUACUCACACACUGGCGGAGUGGUUGAGGAUCAUAGAUGGACGUGAUGAAACGAUUUAUAAAUUCCCCAAUGGAGAUAUCAGCUCCUGGCCUUUACAGACGUCCUGGAUGGGUGAUGCGACCAAGUGUGACGCCUCCAUCAAUGUCAGCAACAUCAAGAUUCAAAACUCUGGGCGAUAUGGCUGUAAGGUCACGGUUUAUCCACAAAACAAGCACGACAUUGGGUAUCUACAGCUAAUUGUCAACAGUCCAUCAGAACUCGUGGUUGUGACCCCAGAUAAAAUGAACGCCAUGGCAGGCACUACAUUUAUCCUGCCCUGCUCCUACACCUGUACAAUCAGUGGCAUUACCCACAUGCUGGUGGAGUGGUUAAGCAUCAUAGACGGGCGUGAAGAGAGGUUUUAUCAAUACGCCGAUGGAGAGAGCAGACACUGGCCUUUACAGGCCACCUGGGUGGGUAAUGUGUCCAAGUGCGACGCCUCCAUCACCGUCAGUAAUUUGCGAACAAACGACUCUGGGCAAUAUCGCUGUGAGGUGACGGUGUAUCCCCAAAACAUGCAAGACAUUGGGUAUCUACAGCUGAAUGUCCACCCACGAACAGACCUGGCCGUUGUCACCCCAGUUGAGGUAAAGGCAAGAGUAGGCAGCACGGUUCUCCUGCCCUGCUCUUACACCUGCACCAUCAGUGACGUUUCAUGGACGCUGGUGGAGUGGUUCAGGACCAUAGGCGGACACAAUGAGAAGGUUUAUAAGAUCAAAUACAGCAAGAGAAGCCUCAGGCCAUUGCAGGUGACGUGGCUGGGUGAUGAGUCCACGUGUAACGCCUCCAUCACCAUCAGCGACAUCCAAACCCACGACGCCGGGCAAUAUCGCUGUGAGGUCACGGUUUCUCAAUACGACAAGCCAAGCAUGCAAGACAUCGGGUAUCUGCAGCUGAACGUUCACAAUGAACCAGAACCGACAGACGCAGCACCCACGCCAAGUCCAGCUUCAACUCCAGCUCCAUCAACUGUAGCUGGCAUCGUAAUUGGAGUCAUUGCUGCUCUGGGUGCUGUUGCUGCUCUUGCUGGAGUUGCUUUUUACUACAGGAAUUUGAUUCCUUCUACCGUGAUAUAAUACCGAUAUGUUAAUUAUACAAGAAUAGGUUUUUCCUUUUUUUUAUUUUCUACUUUAAAAAAGUGUUUUUUUUUAAUUAAUGUACAGCAAACUCUUCCCUCUCGCGGGUUCAGCUAUUGCAGUUUUGCAGUUUCGUGCCAAGGCUAUUGAGGUACAGAGUUCGCCGAUCGCGCCGCAGUGGCUGGACCAUUCGCGGUUGAUCACGAGAUUUCUGUACGCGUUGUGACUGCACUGCUCGCGAUGAUGCUGCUGCCGCGGAAAGACACACGCGGUGCCAUCUUAUCUCCGUCUUGUCUCCAUCUUAUCUCCAUCCUGUCUCGAGUAUCCCGUCUCUUCUCUCAAGUGUCCCAAUGUGGGUCCCGGGUCACGUGGUGUUUCCAGCCUCGAUUGAGGAGGCAGUGAGGUUCAGCCGCCCGCGAUUUUCUUUUCUAUCAUGCGUUAGGAGCAGUGAGCCAAACUCCAGUUUUACCAUUUGCCUUCGAGUUUGGGGAAGGCGGCAGAUUUUCCGAUUGCGGCUUUUUACCAGGAACAUAACCCCGGCGAUGGGCAAGGGUUUGUUGUCAACUAAAUGCUAAGUCGAUGCACCUGUAUUCUAUUUUUACAAGGCAUAAUGCACUUCAUAUACAGUUUUGUAUGCACAAAUUAAGAUAUAUUGAAUUUGAUUUGAAGAUGAUAUGUGUAGUGACAUAAGAAGGGAGGGGCUGCUGGGGGCUCUGGGACCCUGGGCGGGCCAGGCGCUUAAGCCUCUUGGUGCCAGGCGUGGGUUCCCAGGCGGGUCAGACGCUUAAGCCUCUUGGCGUCAGGCGUUGGGUUCCCGGGUGUCCCAGGCGCUUAAGCCUUGGCGCCGCCAAAGGUGGGGGGGCUGUGUGUGCUCUGUGGGAGAUCUGGGGGCGCACACGGCCCCACCCCUCGUUGGGGACUAGUUAUAAAAGGGGAGCUCCCUGGACGAUCAGGGCCAGUCGUAGCUCAAGACCCAAGACCCAAGACCAGCCAUCUGAGGACCCUGGGACGCUGUGAGAGCCAGUGGUGGGACUCUGGAACUCCCGACUCUACGACCUUGUGAGGGCGAGUUCCAGAGCGUAGCCAGAGUAGAGUAUCUAGGCUGUGUACCUAGGCUGUGGACCUGGGAGCUGUUACAGAGUAUCAGGACUGUCGGACUGUUGGAGUGUUGGAGUGUUGGAUUGUAAUAAAGAAGUUACCUCUACAAGUGUCUCCGGAACCCGUUACAUAUGUAUUACUCCCCGAAUUAUUGAUCUAUUCAAUUCAGAUGUACAAAUGUAUAUUAAAAAAUCGUAAUGAUUGAGUGCUACUCUGGAAAAAUUUUGAUAACCCACAUGCCUCCGUAGAUGUUUUUUUAGCAAAACCCAACAACGUAUAUUACAAAGCCAAUACAACGAUGCUGAGUUGUUUUGGGGUUAAUGGCAAUAAUUUUGACAUAGAACUCAGAAACCGACAUGGGUCAUUGUGAUGGCGACAAUGACAACUGACAGGAAAUGCAGGCAUUCCACUUAUAGCAACUCUGUUUACCAAGAAUGCAUCUCGAGCGCUAUACAAGGUAUGCCUGUAUACAGGAGUCCCUCGGUUAAGUGACAUCGGUUAACGUUUUUUUGGUUAACGUUUUACCUCCCACAGGACCCUAUGGUUUUGACUAACGUUGACAUUGUGAUUAACGGUACGUUUACGUUACGCACGCAGGCGCCAAUUUCGGCCAAUCCGAGCACUCAAAAGUUAAGAAGCUCAAAAACCAUCAUAGGACAUUUCACGUAGGAGCUCUCGGGCAAGGCCAUGCUGGUUGUCCCUGGAGGGUGAUGUUUAGAAUUUGAAGCUUUCGUGACUGUAGGAAUCCAUACUCUUUGGUUCUUUCGGUAAAGUAUUUACAGAAAAUAACCAAAGAGUAUGGUGAAGUUUGUCUUCAAGGAGGAUGAGGGCCUGGUUAAAGAUGAAAUCAGAAAAGUUCACCACGAAGUUGGGAUUUUCUCCUUGAGCUCUGUGGAGGAUGUCUUGACUCGUGCCUUUCCAGAGUCCCAUGGGGUUAGAUGGGCUGCAAACUUGUAGAAUGAUGUAGACGAGCAAUAUCAGAUGAGACGGGGACUGACUAACAGAAGCUUCUGUCAUAGCGUUAUCAAGAUGCUGACCAUCUUCAAGAAUUUCACGAAGAUUGCAAGCUUCCCUGUGUAUUUGACAGACAACUCCUUCCACUGUUCCUUGGUCUUGGAAAGGUCUUGGCUCUUUGAAAACAUGAAGAAGCAUUCGAAGAAAGUAGCGCUCCUGAUUGUUGGGAUGAACUGUGUAGACUCUUCCUAAGGCAUCCGAUUCACCUUCACCAGCAUGUCGUUUCCAUUUUUUGUGCAGUCAAGGUAGAGUAGGAGGGAACUUUAUCAUAGAGCAGGUUGGCAGCAAAUGGGUCACUUUGGCACAAAACGAAAAUUCCAUGAGGAUUGUCAAUAAAACCCGCCACCACCUGACACAGCCAACUAGUAAGGGUUGUCACGUAAACAGAACGUGCCAAUUCGUCACUUGUACAGCACACCGGUGUGUUGGAGAGCCAAGCCACAACAUUAACAAUCUGAGUACGACGUCUCGCCAGUAAUUACAACUUGCUUCAUCAGGCCACAGCCAGAUUUGUGGAGAAGUCUUAAACUGAUAAUUGUUUUUUUACUCUUCUAUCUGGCAACAAAACUGACACCUGUUUUACAAGGAGUCAUGUUUGCAUAGACCACAAUACCUGCAGUCAUAAUGCAAACAAAAAACAUAACUCUGAUAAUGUAUGCACUGUCCUUGAAGUUGAUUGGUCCACACCCGAGACAGCUUUCCUUAGAGCCUAGUCUCACAUGGGUUGGACCAGAUGACGCCAAAAGGCGCACAACUCAAAGACAAUGCACCAUCAGAGUAUGAGAGCUCGGGGUAAGCAUUUACACCACUGGAACCUCAUUUGCCAGUAAAAAAUAUGAAAAUUGGUUUUGUUGCCAGAUAGAAGGGUAGUGUCUAAUGACUCUACAGUAGUAUCUACUGACUCUACAGUAGUAUCUAUUGACUGUAGUAGUAUCUACUGACUCUACCGUAGUAUCUACUGACUCUACAGUAUUAUCUACCGACUGUAGUAGUGGCUACCGACUCUAGAGUAGUACCUGCAUAAAUUGGGGUGUGGGGGGAGAAGAGGACAUUAAAUUGUUCAGUAUUUACCUCAGUGUUGUGCUUAUAUUUUUUUUCGCCUGUUUAACGCGAGUCAGCGUUUCCAUGUGUAAUGCGAGCGGAAAUGUAGUUGUUUCUGUGCUCUGGUCCAAU